GUAUUUGUUAGUAGCAUGUUCUGGUACUCCUUGCACGGCAGUAUUGCAUUGAUCAGUUGUGCCGCAAUUACAGCUGCGAAAAUCCGUCAAACAGACAAGAGAUAUUACAUCUAUCUGAACUACGGGGCUCAAUCUGCGAAUAUGUCUCAGAAGGCAGAGUUUGAGAAGAUUGCGGAGGAUGUGAAGAACGUGAAGACGAGGCCUUCAGACCAGGAGCUGCUGGACCUGUAUGGCCUUUAUAAGCAGGCACUCGUAGGAGACAUUAACACUGAUAGACCAGGAAUGUUGGACAUGAAAGGAAAAGCCAAAUGGGACGCCUGGAACUCCCGUAAAGGCAUGUCCAACGACGACGCCAUGUCAGCCUACAUUACCCUCGGAAAGGAAGUGAUCAGCAAAUAUGGCAUGUAAUGCUUGCAAUAACUGAAGAUGCUGAAAUUAAUGCAAAAAAGACAACAGUCAACUAACUCAAUUACUAAACUCAUGCUGCUGUCAACAUACUGUAACAAGUAGCCUUCUGCUUUCAGAGGCCAUAAUAAUGAAGGUUAAUAGUGCAAUUACAUUUUUUUGUGAUUUAUUUCCUUUUCUACAUAGACUAUUUCUAAUAAUUUAUAGAAUUGAACAAUUUCUAUGCACCCUUGAAGAUUGAAAUAUUAAAUUUGCUAGUUGCUGUUUUUAGCUGAUUUGUGUAGUUAAUUGUUUUAAUGCACAUGUACACAGCACCAUACUGUAUUCUGUACACUUUCAUAUGUACAUCUAGCUUGAGUCCUAAUCAAAACAGGAAAAACUAAAUGCUCUAAAAUGUGAACUGACUGCACACAUUUUUAAAAAUAAAACCUCUUUGUGAACUGUU